GCCCCGCCUCCUCCUGUGCCCGGUCUGUGCUCUCAGGUCGGCUCGCAGUGCACAGCUCGCCGGCUGCUCUCUUUCUCCCCGAGCCGCACAGCUGGAGCACCGGACCCGGGGGCGGAGGCGACACCAUGAACGGCACAGAGAGCAGCGACUAUGUCAUCUGCAGCAACUGCCGCAAAGUGCUGAGGAAGGAUAAGAAAAUCAUAAUAUCCCAACCAUCAAGAGGACCAAGUGCCUAUAUCCCCGAGAAAGAGUUUGGACAAACCAACGAUGUGGUCACACUGGUCAGCCGGCUGGUGGAAGAAUACAGCACGUCCGGCCGCCUGGACAACAUCACCCGGGUCAUGAGCCUCCACCCGCAGUACCUGGAGUCCUUCCUCCGCACCCAGUUCUAUAUGCUGCGCAUGGACGGCCCGCUGCCUUACCAUUACCGGCACUACAUCGCCAUCAUGGCGGCGGCGCGGCACCAGUGCGUGUACUUGAUAAACAUGCACGUGGACGAGUUCCUGAACACAGGGGGAUCCUCGGAGUGGCUGAACGGGCUGGAAUAUGUGCCGCAAAGGCUAAAAAACCUCAACGAAAUCAACAAGCUCCUGGCACACCGACCGUGGUUAAUAACAAAAGAUCACAUACAGAAAUUGGUAAAGACAGGAGAGAACAACUGGUCGCUGGCAGAGCUGGUGCACGCCGUGGUACUGCUGGCUCAUUACCACGCGUUAGCAAGUUUCGUGUUUGGCAGCGGCAUCAAUCCAGAGAGAGACCCCGAACCUUCCAAUAGGCUCCACCUAGUGGUGAAAAACAAGUUUUGCGUUUGUGAUCUUGCCAAUGACAACAAUAUCGAGAACACGGGCCUGAUGAGCAACAGUACCAAUGUCAGCGAGAGUUCAGAUUAUGAAAGUGAGAUAGAAGUUUUGAUGGAAAGAAUGAAGAAACUGCAGGAAGAAAGAGAGGAGGAGGAAGCGUCCCAGGAGGAGAUGGCCACCCGUUUUGAGAAGGAAAAGAAGGAAAGCCUUCUAGUUGUCUCCGGAGCUUUUGAUGACGACGUGGUCUCCAUGUCAAAUGCCUCACGGUAUAUAGAAGAUCCUGGAUUUGGAUAUAAAGAUUUUGCAAGGCGAGGAGAAGAACAUCUGCCCACAUUCCGAGCGCAUGACUACUCUUGGGAGGAUCACGGUUUCUCGCUGGUGAACAGACUGUACUCAGACAUCGGCCAUCUACUAGAUGACAAGUUUCGAAUGGUCUAUAAUCUCACGUACAACACCAUGGCCACUCAUGAGGACGUAGACACCACCAUGUUGAGGAGAGCUUUGUUUAAUUAUGUUCACUGUAUGUUUGGAAUCAGGUACGAUGACUAUGAUUAUGGGGAAGUUAAUCAGUUACUUGAGAGAAGCCUUAAGGUUUACAUUAAAACUGUGACCUGUUACCCUGAACGAGCCACCAGACGUAUAUAUGAUGGCUACUGGCGCCAGUUCAAGCACUCUGAAAAGGUCCACGUCAACCUGCUCCUCAUGGAGGCCCGUAUGCAGGCAGAACUUCUCUACGCCCUACGUGCUAUAACCCGCCACCUGACCUGAGGUCUUGCAUGUGAUCAUUGACGUGCAACGCAACUUCACCUUUCAGUUCAGUAACGGCGCCGCCUGUCAUGUAGCAUCAAGCAUAUAUGCAUUUCUAGUGUCCAUGCUGGACAAAAUGUGGCAGUAAUGUGCAAUGAAUGACCUGUUUGUUUGUUUUUCUACAAUGCUCUAUCUAAUGUUAGCAAAAUGGCACUACUAUGAUGUUUUUGUUUUGUUUUUUUUACUUUUCAGCAGUAACUAAUCGACACUGCUUUAUCGGAACGUUUUCUUUAGACACAGGAUUCAGAUUUUUGGGAUUUUUUUUUCCUUCGUACAGACAUACAUUUGUAUAUGUUUAACCAAUGCUGGUUUGCCUUGUUCCAGUUAUGUGUAGUGCUUUGUUUUAUAUAAGAGACGAGAGAAAAAAAACCUGAAAAAAACUAGAAAACAAUGGGGAAAAAACAGGAAAAUAAGCUGUACUGUCUAAUUCAUAGAAUAUAUAAGCUUUCUAACUAGUAGGUUGCCAAUAACUUGGUUAUAAAGCUGAAUCUGUGCCAUAAAGUUAAGUUCUGUACAUACCGGUAUUACCUAAUAGCCCCGCAGCUUCCGCAUCCAAGGGAUCUCAGAUCGGACUUGGUAGGUAGAAUUUACUGACUCUGCCAAAAAAAGACUUUUUUACUGAAUGUGGAUCGUAGCUGCCGGCUAAAAAAAAAAUGUGAAAAAUAUCCUUAUCCCUUAUGGAAUAUCCUGCAGCAUCCUACUGAAGUGCAAAGCUCUGCUUUAUAUUUCAUUUCUGAAUAUUGUAGAGAGUUCUUCUUCACACUUUCUAUAGCCAAGAGACUCUCUUAGCCUUUUAUGGUUUUUUUUUGUUGUUUUUUGUGACAGUAGUAUAAACAGAAUACAUGCAUAAGCUAAUUGAAGGUGUGUGAGUCAGUGGUGGGCAAUGGGUGGGUGGCCUUGACCGUCAAGCAGUCCCUCUGACCAUGAUCAUUUUUGGCCAUGCCAACAAAUGUAGUCACUUUAUGUAGAGGAUCUCUCCAUUCCGUUAGAGCUGUAGAUUAAUGAUGGGAUCUGUGACCUUGAUAUCGGUGCUGCCCAAAGAGUGUGGUGGCUACCACAAAUGACUGAUGGCCUAAGGUUUGACGGAUAAGUAACUUAAUAAGACAUUAGUGGUCUUUGGUCUGACCCAUGUAUGACCAGUGGUCUCUUUUCUUGAUUCUCACUCUAAGCCACAUGUGACUAUGAUUUCCAACACAGGCAUGACCACCAGUGGUCUCUUUAGCAGCCCAAGCAUAACCACCAGUUGUCCCUUUAGCACCCCAAGCAUGACUACCAAUGGUCUCUUUACCAACCCUGGCUUGACAGCAGAUGGUCUCUUUAGCAGCCCAAGCAUGACCAACAAUGGUCUCUUUAGGAACACAGGCUUGAUGACCAGUGGUUUCUUUAGCAGCCUAAGCAUGACUACCAGUGGUCUCUUUAGCAACCCAGGCUUGACUACUGAUGGUCUCUUUACCAACCCUGCCUUGAUGACCAUUGGUCUCUUUAGCAACCCAGGCUCCAAUGGCCACUUUUGUUAUCCAGACAAGACCAGUGGCUGAUCCACAACUAUGUUGGCCAAUAUAUGACUGACAUGACCCAUGCAUGAUUGUCACCCAGGCAUGACUCUUAGAAAUCUCUUUACUAACCCUUACAUGUCCAGAGGUCUCUUGCCUGACAAAAACGCAACUAAUUCUUGUUCCUUACGAAGGCAUGACUAACAGUCUCUUGUCUGACCCAUACCUGACCAACCCAAACAGGACCCUCAGUGGUCUCAUGUCUAGACAAACUAGGCCUGGCCAGUGGUCUCCUACUUAUCCUAUCCAAAACCUAUUCUUGUUCCUGACUUAGGUAAGACUAAUAGCUGACUGGCAAUGGUCUAUUUUCUACCUACCUAGCCAUGAUAAGUGGUCUCUUGCCUAACCCAUGCACAACUGAUGCCCAUUCCUGACCAGACGGUCUUUCUUCUAACCAAGACCUGUUUUUUUUUGCUGACACAAGCAUGACCAGUGGUCUUUGUCUCUUUACUGACCCUUGCUCAUCUUUCCCAAAACAUCAAUACCAGUCUCUUGUCUAAUUUAGACCUGACUGUCAAGAGUCUCUGUUCUAGCCCAGCGUUCUCUAGAAUUGGCAUUGCCCACCACUGACCACUCUUCCAGAUUUUACCGGAGCUACUUUGCUCUUAUGAUACUUUCUGUGCAGCCAGCGAUUAACUACCUAAACUGUGCUUGAAGUGGGUGCCACAUAAUGUGCCAUAGUAGAAGACCCAGAGUGUCAACCUAGAUUUAUAGGAGGGAGUUGUGCAAAGUGACCUAUGAAAAUCAUAUAUAUAAAUAAAAAAAAACUACUGUAGAAUUGUAGAUGUAUAAAACAAAGGCCAUGUAAUGUAUAUGAUGUAAUCCUGAUAUAGGAAACAAUAGGGGAAGGUAUAUUCCAGCGCACAUCAGACCUCCUGCCCCGCUGUGCCAGGCACUGUGUUGUAAGGGAAUGCAGGAAACAGCGGUUUGCACUCCGGUGACAUAUAGUCGUGGCACGGCGCAUGUAGUAAUAUACUUAAUGAUAUGGCUUUUUAUGGGGUUGGUAAAGUUGGCAUAUUCGGUAUUAAUCUUCAGCUAGAUGCAUUCUGUGCACUUAUUUUAGGCUUUUAUGCCUUAAAGUGACCCUGUCAGAUAAAUACAGUGUCGCAUCUAUGGUGUGUGCCCAACCAAUCAACAUUCAUAAGAUCCGAUCACAAUCAUAAGGUUGGCGUUGGCCAACAUUGCUGUUUUUGCUAUUGAACUUAGGCAGCAUCCUCCUUGAAUUGGUCUAGCUCGCAGAAUAUAUUCUUGCACUGUGACGUGUUACCUCUAAACGAGUGUUCUCCAAUGCUGGGAGUUGUAGUUCUGCAAGUGGGGAUCUACAGAUUUAAAAAUGUUGCUCUAAAUCAAUGUUCCCCAAGCUGUUUUCUCUCCAGCUGGGCAGAACCGCAACUCGAGGCUGUCAGGGCAUGAUGCGAGUUGUAGUUUCGCACCCCUGGAGAGCCACUGCUCUAAAUGGUACCUCUAAGGCACCUAGAUUUCUAUAUAAAAUAAUUGUGGUAUCUGUGACUCCCCAAUAGAAGUACCGCCAGCUGUGAAGCUAAAACUUAGAGUCCAUUGGUGGUCUGUAGUUUGGGCUACAAGCUAUAGACCAGGGAUCAGCCACCUCCGGCACUCCAGAUGUUCUGAAACUACAACUCCCAGAAUGCUCGAUUCACUUCUAUGGGAGUUGUGAGGACAGCAUGCUGGAAGUUGUAGUUUUUAUGGCAGCUGAAGUGCUGAAGGUAAUAGUUUGUGGGUCUAAAGACAGCUGCAGGGACUUUGUUUUCUUAUCAACUGCCAUUCCCGAGCCAUUCCAGAUUGCUUUAGGGGCAGUCCUGCUUGGGAGAGUACAUUAGGGUUUACAGAUAAUGCAACUUACUAAAUUAGUCUGGAUACCAGCAGGAGGUUCCCUCCCAUGACACUGCUUAGAAAUCACAAUAAUCUAGAGUAAUGUAGGGGUUGAGUAAGAAGUCUUGGGCUAAUAGAGUGGAGUCCUCCAGUUGGGACCUGCCUCAAUUAGCCAGGGUGGAGAGCAUCUACAAGGCUCUCUCGCCAGAGGACCAGACCUUCGAUAUCUGUUGUCACCAUGCUGUACUCCAUCUCUCCUGCGGAGGAGCUGUAGGGGAAUGGAAAGUUUGUUGCUGCGUUCCAACUACAUGGGACAACCCUUUAAAGCAUCAGUGUUCAUAAGAGCAAAGUGGUGGCACAGCAGGUACGACCCAUAAUCAAACCAUUGCUGAUGCUUGGUUUGGGGAGGGUAUGAAACAUAUCCAGGAGGCUGAAUAGUAGCAAGGACCACCCGAGCUCUCCUUGCUCUCGUUAUACCAGCAGUGCCCCAUAUUCUUGCCAACAAGCAAUAAAAAUACGAGAGAACUGCCGUGUCGGCACUUAUUCCUGUGAACCGCCUCCCAAGCAAUGGUGCCAAUCGCACUUUUUUUUUUUUUUAAUAUAGUCUAAGUAUUAAAGCACCCUCCCAGAGAUUUUAAAUUUUUUUUUUUUUACAUUUGACUAUGUAGCUGCCUCAUACAAUAAAAGGGUUUUGGGUAAGGAAAAGCUGACCAAAAAAAAAAAAACUAAAAAAAAGUUUUGCACAUAUUUACAGUGCCCCAUCCUCUUCCUGUACAAGAGCGGUGGGCGCCUGUUGUACUUGAUUGAUAGAUUUGUAUGUUUUUUUUGUUGUUUUUUUCUUUUCGACGUAUGAGAUGUUUACUCCGGAUCAUUUUACCUUCAUUCAUCCAUGUACUAAUGACGGCUCCAAGCUGUGAUAUUUCGUAUGCAAUGUUUAGUGAACAAAGGUAAAGUGCAAUAUACAGAAGGCGACCACCUCGCCCCUCGUAUGAAGCUGAAGUGUCCUUGUGGUGGCGAUGUAGCGAGUGAUUUCUAUAUUUUGGUAAAAAAUAAAAUAAAAAAAAAGAGGCUUAAAAAAUGCGUAGAUUGUUAGCCUUGCCAAGAUAUAUCUGCAGUAGCAACGAACCGGAUGGUGGAGGUUGGGAUUAAGUACAGCAAGCGGAUAUAGAUGGAGGAGGACAGCCCCUUUGUAUAUUGAUGGGUGGAUCAUCGUGGCUCCCAGCAGCAGGACACUCCCAUAUCCCGGUUGUCCUGAAGAGCCAGCAGCCAUGCUUGUUGCCAGAAUUAAGGGUUCCAGUAGGACCAUCCUUCUACCCAUCAGGCUAGCCAUGUGCUAUUAGAGAAGUCCCUAGGAUGACUUCUUCAACGUUUCGGUUGGUUCUUUGACAACCACACUCAAUGGACUUGUGUAGUUUGGUCCGUUACCCACAGAAUUUGGGAAAUGGUCACUGCUGCUAGAAUUGUCCUUAAAGGGUUUGUCCAGGAUUAGAAGAAAUUGGCUGCUUUAUUGCAAAAACAGCACCACACCUGUCCACAGGUUGCGUGUGGUGCUGCUUUAUUGCAAAAACAGCACCACACCUGUCCACAGGUUGCGUGUGGUAUUGCUGUUCAGUCUCUUUAACUUCAGUGAAGCUGAGCUGCAAUACCAGACAACACCUUUGGACAGGUGUGGUGCAGUUUCUGAAAGAAUGCAGCCAUUUUUUAAUCCUAGACAAUCCCUUUAAAGGGGUUGUGUCAAGUCUUUAAGUUAUUCCCUAAACACAGGAGACUAAGGGUCCGACCACUGGGACCAGGACACAUCAAAGGAUUUUUUAGGAGGUUAACCAAGGACGUCUGAAUUUAGAGGGGUUCUCCGUUUAUAGUUGAGCGCUACUCAGCAUGUGUGGCCUUUCGUAACGUGUAGAGUUUCAUAACAGCUAUGAAACCUUACGGCGCAGCAAUCAAAGUGCCGCAAAAACUGUUAGCAUGUGAACGAGGGCUGAGAGAGUCACUGUGGUUCCAGUAUGUUUCGUUGUUGUACAAUCUCACGGUGUGUCCGGAGGGGUCAGGUACAGGUAGGGCUUGUCUGCCACAAGUGGCCAUGAUAAAUAUUAGAUGCAUUAUAUUUUCGAGACCUGCAGUAAUUUAAAGGGGAGUUUUGAGACUAGAAAAACAAAGGUCAUCUUUUUACCCGGAAACAGCGCCACUCUGUGAGCCGCGUCUAAUUUUGCAAUACCAGACGCAGUCCAAGGGUGACGCCGAAGUUUUAAAAAAAGAGAUCCUUGUUUUCUAAUUUCAUACCCCUUUAAAACUUGACUUGGUGAGCACAGGCCUCCCUCCUACCUCCUAUUAAAACAUCACAAGCAGAUUGUGGGUUGGAGUCUUUACCAACUAAUCAGUUUUUCUACAGCCAGAGGUUUGCUAUACCUUGCAGCAUAUCGUCGCCAUGUUAAAGGGGUUCUGCAGUUUGUUUAAACUGAUGAUCUAUCCUCUGGAUAGAUCAUCUGAUCGGCGGGGGUCUGACUCCAGGAGCGCCGCGGCCUUCUCACUGUUUACCGCAGGCCCAGUGACGUCACGACUAGUAUUACUGGCCUGGGCGGGGCUAAGCUCCAUUCAAGUGAGAAGGCCGCGUAGCUCCUGGCGCGCCUCUGCCUUCUCAAACAGCUGAUCAGCGGGGGUCCCAGGUGUCGGACCACCACCAAUCAGAUGCUGAUGAUCUAUCCAGAGGAUAGAUCAUCAGUUUAAACAAACUGCAGAACCCCUUUAAUUAAUAAGCCCCAAUGGCUGAAAGUUUUUCAUUUGCUUUUGAAACUUUAUAUUGUUACCGUUUCUUUUGACUGAUUUCUAGCAGUAAUAAGAUUACUGUAUUUCAAUGUAUCCGACAUCUUAUAGAGAGACUCUGUAUUUUCUGUAAAUAAAGAGAAUUUUGCAUAA